UAGUCAGAAACUCUCCUGGGCCAUUUGAAUGAUGCGGGAACCCACCACACGCUCCUCCGAGAACUCUCUGUCCGCGCAGUCAUCUUGGCCUCAGAGGUGCCACGCUCGACGACUAGCCCAUCCUGUCCUUUCUGUAUCUCUUCCGUAUACACUCCUCGACCGCGACCGUGAUGGGUCUACACGAAUCUCCAGCUGCGGACACUAAUACCCUCGGCGAGCUUGAAUCGGGCGCACAAACUGCUGCUCCGUCUCUAGACAGUUCAGAGUCUGCCAAUUUGAAUGAUGAUCACAAACCCAUAGACGAUCCUUCGCUUAUUCCUCCAGAUGGGGGGAUUCGCGCCUGGAUGACCAUUCUUGGCUGUUUCUUGCUCUCCUUCACGUCGUAUGGUCAAGUCAACGCAUUUGGUGUCUUUCAGACCUAUUACGCAGAAAAUCAACUCCAGGGCCGUUCUGCGUCAGACAUCAGCUGGAUAGGAAGCCUACAAAUAGGCUUGAUAUACAUUAGCGGUCUCGUCCUUGGACGGUUCUUCGACUUGCACGGGUCCAGGGUCCUCUUCGUAUCUGGGUGGCUCCUAUCCGCUUUCAGCCUCAUGAUGCUCUCCAUCUCGCGGCUGUACUAUCAGAUCAUUCUGUCUCAUGGCGUCGGGUUUGGUCUUGGGAUGGCUCUACAAUUCUACCCUCUGCUUGCUAUACCAUCUCACUGGUUUCUAAAACGUCGAGCUUACGUGCUUGGAAUCGUUGUGGCCGGGUCCAGUCUCAGUGGCGUUCUAUUUCCUAUCAUGUUGUCUCGAUUAUUUCCAUCGAUUGGCUUCGCAUGGACGGUUCGCACCUUGGCCUUCUUGUGCUUCGGACUACAAGGUGUAUCCAUCUUUCUCGUCAAGGAGCGACUUCCACAUCGGAAGCAUGCUCCACGACUUGACAUGUCCUUGCGAGGCGAUAUACCCUUCAUCCUCCACCUUGUCAGCGGCUUUUUCAUCGCGUUCGGCCUGUAUACGCCAACGUGGUAUAUAUCACUAUACGCUCUCAAACAGGGAGUUUCAUCCAACCUCUCCUUCUACCUCAUUUCUAUCGCCAAUGCCGCAGGGAUGUUCGGCCGCAUAAUCCUUGGUCACGUCGCAGACAAGACUGGGAGAUUUAACACGAUGAUUGCAACAAUACUCAUCGGCGUCAUCUCCGUGUUCGCGAUAUGGACAACAGCACACACGGCUGUCGCGCUUGUGUGGUUUGCUAUCUUAUCGGGGCUUGCGGUCGCGGCCUAUACGUCCAUUGCUUCUUCGUGCACGGCGCAACUGACGCCAGAUCCUUCAUGCAUCGGCGCCCGAGUCGGAUUGUUCAUGACUGUCAUGGCGCCAGGAAUAACCACAGGUCCAUCUAUAGCCGGAGCGAUCAUGUCGGAUACAAACGGGUCGUACCUCGGGUUGCAACUCUUCGUCGGAAGUACCUUCGUUGUGGGAACUGUAUUCGCUAUUGCAGCUCGAGUGGCGGGCUCGCCACAUUGGCGUUCUAAAUUCUGA